CUUUCAGCCAACAACUGUAUUUUGUAGUAUAUUUUUUGCAUAGUUUUUUAUUUAUUUAUUUUAUUUUAUAAUAAUCACACGUUUAUGUUGACAACAACGAGCUCACACAUCUUCAGCUGGCUGUAGGAAAAUUCCUAAGCUAGUAUUUAUAUCAUCACACAUUCUUUUCUCAUGUAUCUUUACUCGUCUGUGCAAGAACUGCUUAAUCACACAUAAAAUUCAGUGGUUUUGGUUGCUUUUGCUUGAGUAUGGAUCACAAGGGGACUAUAGUGAUGCAAAAAUACGAGUUGGGGCGGUUAUUAGGCCAAGGGUCGUUCGCGAAAGUCUACCACGCUAGGUGCGUGGAGACGGGGCAGAGCGUGGCCAUCAAAGUAGUAGACAAGGCCAAGGUCCGGAAGGCUGGGAUCAUGGAUCAUAUCGAGCGGGAGAUCUCUGUAAUGAGGCGCGUUAGGCACCCAAACGUCGUCCAUCUCUACGAGGUCAUGGCCACCAAGUCCAAAAUCUACUUCGUGAUGGAAUACGCGAGGGGAGGGGAGCUCUUCCGCAAGGUGGAGGCGAACGGGAGGCUCCCAGAGGAUGUUGGGAGGAAGUACUUUGUGCAGCUGAUCGAUGCUGUCGAGUUCUGCCACGGGAGAGGCGUGUGCCACCGCGAUCUCAAGCCCGAGAACAUCCUGUUGGACGAGGAUGGGGGGAUCAAGGUGUCGGAUUUUGGAUUGAGUGGCGUUGCUGAAUGCAGGGGAGCGGAUGGAUUGCUCCACACGACGUGCGGCACCCCUGCCUACGUGGCGCCAGAGAUCAUCGGGAGGAGCGGGUACGAUGGGGCGGGCGUGGAUGUGUGGUCGUGCGGGGUGGUGCUUUUCGUGCUCUUGGCCGGGUAUCUCCCGUUCCACGACACGAAUGUGAUGGAGAUGUAUAGGAAGAUCAGCAGGGGAGAGUAUAGGUUUCCUAGCUGGUUUUCACCUAAACUCAAGAAGCUCAUUUCAAGAAUGUUGGAUCCGAAUCCAAGUAGUAGAAUUUCCAUUGCUAAGAUCAAGGGCAGUUCAUGGUUCAAGGCGGGGAAGGAGGGCGAACCGGUCAAGGUCACGUCGGAUGGGGACGAGGCGAGGCGCCUUUUGAAGAUGAACGCGUUCGACAUCAUAUCCUUGUCGGAUGGACUCGAUCUGUCGAAGUUGUUUGAGACGGAGUCUUGCUUGGACAAGGGAUGCCGGAUCAUGUCGCGCAAGCCCGUGGCCGUCAUCGUAUCGAGGCUCGAGAGGGGGGCGAGGGCUGCGAAGAUGAGGGUGAGUAAGAAGGACGGGGGCUUGAUCGAACUCGAGAGCCGAGACGGGGUUUUGGCGAUUGAAGCGGAGAUCUCCGUGGUCACUCCGGUUCUCCACUUGGUGGAGGUGAGGAGAAGAUAUGGAGAGGCGGCGGAGUACGAGAAGGUGUUGAACGAGGUUAUAAGGCCUCGGCUUGUUGACAAAGCACCAUCGUCUCUGCUCAGACAUCAACACUCUCUAUCACCCAGUUCUGGGGCUCGGCUCUAGAUCUUGGCAUUUUAUUCAGUGACAAAUCCUUCGAGUAUAUCGCAGUUUUGUAGUAGUAGUAGUAGUAGUAGAGUGCUAUUAGCCAACGAUGAAACAAAGUUUUGUUGGUCCUCUUAAAAAAUAGGUUAGCUAUAUAGCCUCAAAUAAUAUAAGUACUUAGAUUGCGGAAUAAUGGUAAUAAAGAAUUACAAACCAAAACAAACACAACUAUAUUCAAAAUCCCAAAUUCAUUUUCA